AUUAGUGUCAGAGUGCAUAGUAACGUGGAAUAAAUUAUUGUUGUGUUAAUUGGACUUUGAUUUUGAAUAAACGGGCCCAUGGUUUUUGUCACGCAUGCUAGAGCCGUGACAAUAUUGUAUUUUUGUCAUUGUAAUUGAAUUAAAUAUCUUUAUCUCAAUGUUUUUAGCCUGUUAAUGAUCAUAUGGGAGAAGAUCUUGGAGAUGACAUCUUAUUAGAGAAUAGUGCUGAUAAUGGCGAUAAUAUGUCUAGGCAUCAGCCUGAAGAAGAUUUCACUGGUACAAAUUUGAUUGACGCACCACAGUUGAUCCAGCAAAAUUAUAUGCAUUACGCAAAAAAGGCCAAAACGAUGGACAUGAAGAAACUGAAAAAAGCAUUGUGGUGUAUAUUAACGCAAUCUGAGGAAUAUAACGAGGCUAAUAAAGUGGUGCCAAGAAAUUUCUCCAUUAUUUACGAUGAACUUUUAAAAAGACUGCCUGAGAAAAUGGCAGGUGAAUUGAGUCCUCCACUUGCCAUUGUGGCAUUACUCCAUUUAUGCAACGAAAGGGGAUUAACAUUAAAAAAACAGGAUGUCAAAGACUUUUUAAUAUAUCAAAAUAAAAAUAAUACAUAAUUUUUCUUAUGUAUAGCACUAUUAGUAUUACUUAAAAUAUACACCCUGUAUGUAUAGCAUUUAGGAUACCUAAGCUGUUAUGUUAAAAAAUCAAGAGUUUUAUUUAUUUUUAUUGUAUCAAG